AGGUAAAAGUAGUACGAGACAAGGAGGAAGAGGAAGAGGUAGGAACCAACGAAGGAGCGCCGGUCGAUCCCAUGGCCGGGGACAGGCAAAAUAAGUUAUCUCGCGAGGAUGAUCAAUCAGGUCCAGGUUUCCAGCGAUCGCCCUUCCCUUGCACAGUGGCCUUGGCCUCUAACAGGAAUCAUGCGUUCCUCAAACAACAACACCCGGCACACAGCGCACAACACCAGACAGUCGGUCAACUCCCUAUCCAACAGAGAUCCGGAUCCACCACGUCACCCAAAGUUCAGGAAAGGUAAUUCCUCACAACAGGGAUACCUGAGCAAUCGGAAUAGCGCCGUGGGAAUUUGUUCUGGAAGCCCGAAUUUAACCCACGAGAGCCCAGCGACGACGCUCUUUGGCCGAAGGUCAAUGGGUUCAAACCCCUAUGGACACGGAAGCCUAUCAAGCGGAUUAUUGAAGCGACCAACAGAUGGUGAGCUAGUCACUGCUAUGCAACCGGACAUGCAACUAUUUGCGCAUCACUUGUUUACCCCGAACGGCGUUUCUGCCAAUGAAAAUGGCCGAAUCGGCACGUUGGACGGUCGCUGGAGAGGAUCUCGUCUGACAGUUCCACUCUGCACGUCGACACUGAAUAGUACAGUACUCUUUAGAAAUAGAUGCAGGCAAGAAGUGGUUUGUUGUUCGGUGUCUCGUUGCGAUUCCGUGGUUGAGUCUUUGGUAGGAUUCGCGACAGGUCAGUCACAACGAAGGAAGACUCGGUUAUUUGACGGUUUCUUAACUGGCGCUGCGGUACGAGAUACACGACAUCAGCGUGUGAUCAAUAAUAAUAAAAGCUAGUAUAGUUAUGCGCUGGUCAAGCAGUCGCCGGCGCAAAGUAGGACAGGGAAAAUUUCUCCCUUCUCCAGUUCCAACGAACCUGACCUGAGCUCAC